AUGUCAACGCCCAUCAAUCUCCGUUCCUCUUCCAAACGCAACAAGCCCUCCUCCAACUCACCCACCACCACCACCAACACCAAACAACCCUCUUCUUCCUCAAGAUCUCCGCCGGAACAAUUUUCCGGCAGCCAGAAAAUCCGACCCCAACGUCUAUUUACCGAAGAAGACGAAACCCAUCUCCUUCAAAUCUUCUACCAUAUCACCAAAUCAUCACCUCCUUCGUCCGCCAUCAAUUCACCCAACUUGGACCGCAUCGAAAAGUCUCUGGGACUCAGAUUUAGCCACACCCAGAUCAUCGACAAGCUCCGUCGGUUGAGGCUCAAGUACCACAAGCAAGCUCGGACCAAGUCGCUGAUCAAGACCCAUCACGAUCGAGAGGUUUAUAAGAUUGCACGCAAGAUCUGGGGGAGGAAAGGUUCGAAUUCUAGAGGCGGCAAAACAGAGGAAGAGAAGGAAAAGGAGGAAGAACAGAGAAUUGGUGAUGUGGGUUUGGAGGAGUUUCCGGUUCUAAAGCACGAGGCUUUUGGGGUUUUGCAAGGAAAUGUGGUCUGGAAGAAGGGGUUGAUGGGUUUGGAAGAGAAAAUAUUGAAGGGUUUGAAUGAGAAAUGGAUGUUGCUGAAGAUGGAAGAAGCUGAGGUCAUGGCGACGAGAGCAGAGCUAGAGAAAGAGGUAGUUGAGUUGGUUGUGAAAGCAUUUUUGCCUUCUAAGAGUAAAUAA